CGUAUAAAUCGAACAUAAUAAGGCAAGGAAGGAAGAAAAAUCAGAACAAGAAACCAAAGUCCUUUCACUUUCCAAACCGUGUGGUGUGCCUUUUGAGUUUUGACUGUUUACGAGGACGACGACGACCAUUCCCUGCGCUUCUUCAGUUGAGUUGUUCUGCUUGUUGAUUUUGAUGCAUUCUUGAAUUUUUGAGGGCGAAUGAAUGUUUUGGAGCUGAUUCUUUGCUGAUUUGAUUUCUUGGUUUUACCAAUUCAGCAAGCACCGUUGAAGUUGUUUGACCCAGCACUUGCAUAGAUUCAAUACUGAAAUUAAAGAAAAUUGAAUAAAGAGUUGUAGGGUUGGGAUGGGCUGUGAAAUAUCGAAAGUAUGCUGCUGGGGCGCCCGAGAUGAUCAAGUUCCAGAGGCACAAAUUGUUCAAAAUGAAGAUAGAAUUGAGGGCAGUGACUUGCCGCAGUUUCGAGAGUACACAAUUGAUCAGCUCAGGAAGGCUACAUCCGGGUUUGCAGUAGAAAAUAUAGUUUCUGAGCAUGGAGAAAAGGCACCAAAUGUGGUCUAUAAAGGGAAACUUGAAAAUCAAAUGCGAAUAGCUGUCAAACGGUUCAACAAAUUAGCCUGGCCAGAUGCACAGCAAUUUAUGGGGGAGGCCAGAGCUGUAGGUCAGCUAAGGAACCAUAGAUUGGUAAAUCUCCUUGGAUGUUGCUGUGACGGUGAUGAAAGGUUACUUGUCGCAGAAUUUAUGCCCAAUGAGACUUUGGCAAAGCACUUGUUUCAUUGGGAAACUCAGCCGAUGAAAUGGGCAAUGCGACUUAGAGUUGCCUUUCACCUUGCCCAAGCUUUGGAGUACUGUACCAGCAGGGGACGUGCACUAUAUCAUGACCUAAAUGCUUACAGAGUUCUUUUUGAUGAUGAAUACAAUCCUAAACUUUCAUGCUUUGGUCUGAUGAAAAACAGUCGAGAUGGGAAAAGUUAUAGUACGAAUUUGGCAUUUACGCCGCCAGAGUAUCUGAGGACAGGUAGAGUUACUCCAGAGAGUGUAACUUAUAGCUUUGGGACCCUUUUACUUGACCUUCUAAGUGGAAAACAUAUUCCUCCAAGCCAUGCUCUUGAUCUGAUUAGGGACCGGAAUGUUACGACACUAACUGACUCUUGUUUAGUGGGACAAUUUUCAACUGAUGAGGGGACGGAAUUAGUGCGUCUAGCCUCUCGAUGUUUACAAGCUGAACCGCGAGAGCGACCUAAUCCAAAGUCAUUGGUUGCUGCUUUAAUACCUCUACAGAAAGAUUCCGAGGUUUCUUCUCUUGCGCUGAUGGGCAUACCGGAUGGUGCUGCUGCCUUUCCCCUUACUCCACUUGGUGAAGCAUGUCAGCGAAUGGAUCUGACUGCCAUACAUGAGGUGUUGGAGAAACUUGGGUAUAAAGAUGACGAGGGUGCAGCAACUGAGCUUUCGUUUCAAAUGUGGACCAACCAGAUGCAGGAAACAUUGAACUCAAAGAAGAAGGGUGAUGCUGCUUUUCGGCAAAAGGAUUUUAGAACCGCAAUUGAUAGCUAUACACAGUUCAUUGAUGUUGGAACCAUGGUUUCCCCAACGGUCUAUGCACGACGUAGUCUGUGUUAUCUCAUUAGCAGCAUGCCGGAGGAAGCGCUUAAAGAUGCAUCACAGGCACAAUCAAUAUCUCCUGUUUGGCACAUAGCAUCCUAUCUACAAGCUGCUUGUCUCUUUGCGCUGGGCAGGGAGGCGGAGGCUCGAGUAGCCCUUAAAGAGGCCUCUUCAAUUGAAACGAAAAAGAACACAAACUAGUUUACAAUGUUCCCUUAAAAACCGUUGUUUUCCCUGUGACUGAUGAUAGGUUCCUUACAUAUAGUACACAUGCUGGUUUCUCAAUGUUUGGGCAACAUGACAUGACUGGUUCGUCAUUCUUUUGCACAGACAGACUUAAGGGUCACCACAGAAUUAUAGCGUCUAUUUGCAUUUUAGGGUUAUUUUGGUGUUUAUAAAGAGUCAUGGUUAGAAGUAACUCUGUGAGUUAUUGUCGGCAUUUGUUGGGUAACUGGCAAAUGCUAUUUGAUAUGCUUUUUUGUAAUUUAAUGUACAGAACAAUUGGUCAUGGCUAUUGUGUCAACAUGAAAUAGGCUCUCUUUUUGUAUCUAAUAUAUGCAUAUAGAUAUUCUUUGAA